AUGAGUGGUGACCAUGUCAAGGCGGAUUUGUCUUUCGGGGUGGUUAAGGAAAUUCUGGAGGACCCAUCUGGGUUUUCACUAGCGAAACUGAAAUCAACUGCAGAGGCUACCGACUUGAAGGAUAAGAAAAGCUUAAUAGAUGUUGCUUUAAGAGGACGGAUGCUGCGUCUUCUUGCAUCGGACUUCAUGGACGAUGUAAAAACCUUACUAAAAAUGGGAGUCGCUGCAGCACUUGCGAACUUAUGCUCUGCCCAUACUCCUUUUUUGUUGUUUUCGGAUGUCUUCAACACAAAACCAAUAUCUGUUUGCGAAGAAAUGUUUGGAUUUAUGGAAGAGACUAUAAUCACAUUGAAGGAUGUACCGUUAUUCGGUUCUGGUAGGAAUACACUACUCAGGAUGUGCAAUGAUUUGCUAAGGCGCUUAUCGAAGUCCCAAAAUACCGUGUUUUGCGGCCAAAUUCAGCUUUUCCUAACACGUUUAUUUCCGUUAGAUGAAAAGUCAGGACUCAAUUUCAUGAGCAAUUUUAAUUCAGAGAAAAACAUCCUGUAUAAUAAAAAUCCAGAUCCCAGUGUCUUCAGGCACCACCUGCCUCAUGAUCAUUCGUGUGAUGAUAUCGAAGAAGGUGAGAUGACCGACUCGGUUACUCCCCUGGAGGUAGAUGCUGGCCUUUAUGUCAAGUUUUGGUCACUUCAAGAAUUCUUCAAAUCACCAGUUUUAUGCUAUGAAAAUUCCAAAUGGCUAAAGUUUACAAGCAGUACGGAUACAGUACUAGAUAUAUUUUCGAGCAUUAAACUGAUGACUGCGGAAGAAAACGAUGCGUGUUCUCAGAGUAGCAGCAGAAAAUUUUCUAAGUACCUCACAAGUGAAAAGUUAUUGGAUUUGCAACUAAUGGAUCCAAGUUUCCGACGGUACAUACUAGUUCAGCUGUUAAUCUUGUUUCAGUACUUGACAACUACUGUUAAAUUUAAAACAAUGGACCAAGUGCUUAGUGAAGAUCAGCAGUCUUGGGUUAACCAAAGACGUGAAGCAGUAAUACGCCUUUUAUCGUCAAACAGUUCAAGUACUUCUCCGAGUGGUACUUUUGUAUCUACAGUUGAACACAUUUUGGAGCGUGAAGGUUAUUGGAAUAGAUGGAAAAAUGAUGGGUGUCCUUCCUUUAUACGGACUGCUGAAAAGUCUCGACUGUCUACCAGAAAAAGGCAUAUCAAUCCCUUGAUUACCCGUACUGGCCAGAAAGUAUAUCGUUUUGGUAAUCGAGAAUUAGAUAAACUGUGGAAUGUGUGUCCAGAUAAUCUAGCUGCAUGUCGUGACCAACGUCGUCUCUUCAACGCAGAUCUUCAUACUUACUUUCAAGAUGCUAUCAUCGAAAUGGAUCCAGCAGAAAAAGUUGAAGAGGAAUACAAAUCAAUAAAUAAAGAGGAAUGGAGUUGGCGUGCUCUUCGUUUCCUUGCCAGGAAAUGUCCACACUUUUACAUAAAUUGGAACCCACCCGGACGACCAGUAAAAGAUUAUCUGUCAGUUAUUCUGACUGAAAAAAUUCAGUCUGAGGAAGAUAAAAGCUGUACUCCUGUAACUUCAAAUUGUGAUCAUCAUCAUGGGACUGAUGGUACCUCACUGGAUAGCAUACCUAACAAGCAACCGCGAUUGGAUAAUUCAUCUGAUUCAACAGCAUUGGAUUCUCUAGUUAAGUCUUCUGCCCCACCACGUACUCGAUCAGCUAAAAAUGAAUGUCAAACACAAGGGCAAACAAGUAAAACUCAAACAAAUAACAAACCGUCACCGGCGCCUAGCAGUCCAAUGAGAACUCGAUAUCGUGAUACAAUGACUGUAGAUAAUGAAAUCGAGUCGAAUUCAGGGAGUGAAAAUGGUACUGGUGAUGUGUUGCAAGAAGCCGAGAAUGAUAUUGAAUCAGAGCCAGUAACUGCUUAG